AAAAUAAAGAAACGGUCCCUGGAUGCAAGAUAAACAAAACUCACUACUCACACUCAGCAUGGUCAGAUUCAAGAGAAGGUACGUGGUGGUGGAGGUGGUGUGUGGGCGCGGCACCGUCAGGAUGAGCGCCCUCCAUGACACAGUGCUGGCGGCGGUCAAGCGUAUGCACGGCGAUUAUGGCGUGGGGGCUGUUAUUCCUGGAUUUGGUGUGAAGUACAUAAACCCGGAAACACAAAUUGCCUUCAUCAGCAGCAGCCGGGGACCUCAUCGGCUGGUGGCGUCGUCGUUGCCCUUCAUCUCGGAGGUGGGGGGACGGCCGGCCACGGUGCGCUCCCUCCACCACGCUGCAUCAAUGAGACAUGGCUUCAUCUUCCUCAAGAAGUACAAUGAGGAGAAGCUGAAGGAACUGGAAGAGCAACUGCCGGCUGAGAAAAGGGAGAAACUACAGCAGGAGAAACGUAAAGCUCUUGGUGCCACGUGACCCUAGCUGGCCCUCUGGUGGUGGCUCAAGGCACUCACCAAACGUCACUCCUGGGUCCUGUAUUGGUGAUUUUUGGUUCACGAUGUUGUCAGACUCCCUGGUGCUGUGACCUCAACAUUACAAGACUCAAGGCUGUGCUGGUGUAGUGAAGUGUGUUUUGAGAGCCUCCAUUCUAAGGGCAAGGAAAUUAAUGAAAGCACCUCAUUGGAAGUGCCUAUCCUGGCUGGAAAAGCAAGACUAUCAUUCAUUUGUCAGCUUUCUGUACUGUUAAGUUUAUGAGGAUUGGUUAUGAGUUAUGGGCAUUUUAUGAGGAUUUGCUGUGAGUUAAUGGUGUGUGUAUGUGUGUGUUAAUAAUUUUGUGUACAUAUUUGAGGUGUGUACUGGGCAGAGUUAGGAAAAGUAGUAGUUUAACAGUGCUUGUGUUUUGUUUAAUAGGGAGAAAGAGUGUGUACGUUUGUGUGUGUGUGUUAAAGAGAAAAGAAGUAACUGAUAUGUAAAAUGUGUGUUUAUAAUGCUUAACUGUAUACAAGACAAAUAACAACAAUAGCACAACCUGAGGAAUCAUUAAAUGAAAAAU